CUCUAAUUAUCUAGUUCUGUUUUUUUGGUUCCACAACAACUUGUGUGGCGUAUUUUUUAUUUUUUUUACUGUGUUGUUGAGAUAGUGAAAUUUCUAAUAAAUUUUAGAUUUGUGUAGAGAUCUGCGAGACAAAAUUGACAAAUGGAUAUUCAUUCUAUGGUAAUGGUAUUAAUUUCAUGGUUGGCUGUAACCGAAGCUCAAACAUCCGAAGCGCUUAAAUCAGUAAUUACUAGCAACGAUGAAUUUAGUAAACAUUUAUAUGGGGCAAUUGUCAGCAACUAUCAACAUGAAAACCUGAUCUGCUCCCCUUCAAGUGUCCAUACGGUUUUGUCGAUGCUUGUUUUUGGAGCUCACGGUUUUACAGAAACUUCUCAAAAAUUGCGAAAAAAUCUUCGUUUACCAGCUGACGUUCGAAAGCUUACAUAUGGUCUAAAGGAAUACGUAGCAACAUUAAGUAAUGUCGCAAACGUCGAUCUUCGAGUUGCUAAUACAAUUUUUGUUAGUAAUGAAUACACAAUUCGACAGGAUUAUAUAAAGUUAAUCAAGAUAAUAUUUAAAGUUGAGCCAUAUAAUAUUGAUGUUUCCGACUCUGUAAAGUCCGCUAAAACCAUCAAUAAGUGGGUAGCUGAUAAAACAAAUCAUAAAAUCCAAGAACUUGUCAAUUCGGACAAUAUCAACGAAGGAACUUGUAUGAUUUUGGCAAAUGCGAUUUACUUCAAUGGUAAUUGGAAAAAUUCAUUCGAUCCGAGUGAAACUAAAGAUCAAGUUUUCUACGUAUCUGAUCGCCAGAAAGUGAUGGUACCAACUAUGUACAGAGAAGGUUUCUAUGUAACUGGAGAUAUUCCUUGUUUGGGCGCUGAAUAUGUUAAAAUUCCUUAUAAGAAUACAUCCAUGUCAAUGAUCAUCAUCAUGUCUAAUGGAAAAGGACAUUUACAGUCCAUUGAAAAAAAUAUAGGGAACUGCCAAGAACCGUACAAUUUUAAAGGUCAAGAGUCACAAAUUUCCUUGUACCUACCAAAGUUUAAGGUGGAAAGUACCAUUGAUCUCUCGACGCCGCUGAGAAAAUUGGGUCUGUCUCAUUUAUUUUCUACUCCAGAUUUAAGUUUUAUAUCGAAUGAACCUUUGUACAUAACUGAUAUGAUACAGAAGGUGAUAAUCAAAGUAAAUGAAAGAGGUAGUGAAGCAAUUGCUGAUACGUAUCUAAGUCUCUCUUUCCGUAUGUUUUCACAGCCAACAACAAUUCGUGUCGACAAACCGUUUUACUUUUUAAUCAAAUACGAAGAAAUAACUUUGUUCCAAGGACAUGUUCUUAACCCACAGAACUAGAAAAUAAUGCGAGAAACCUUAUCUAAAACUUAUGUAUCAACAGUGUACGUUAACUUUAUGUCAAAUGAAGUGUUAGAAUAAUUUUCCGAGUUCUGAAAUAAAGUUACAAAAAUAUGAUUCAUAAAAUAAAGUUGCAGAAAAAAUUUUGGUAUCAACAACGUGGUGACAUAAAUAUGCGCACAUAUAUAUGUGAAGUUAAACUUGUCACGCACAUUAUUAAAAAUCCAUUUGGUUUUACGUUACGACUGUAAAACAAUUAAUUUUCAAUCGUUUAAUAAAUUUUUACUGGGAACAAUUACAUAAUU